UGGACAUGCGUUUGACUCACAGACGGUUACUCCCGUCAAAACAGAUAUUAAGGCUACUUUCCUCUUAUUGGGACAAAGAUGAAAUAAUGUAUCUUUGAUUUUAUUAACAGUAGCCCUAUAGCCUAGGAAAAUUAACUGCCGACGAUUUAGUUUGUUUAGGCUAGUUUAAAUAUAAGUUACGUCUAUAUUGGUUUGACAACUUUACAAUAGUUAAUUUACUAAAGAAACCGCGAUAGUGCACGAUAAAAACACUUUACAGCCUAUUGUAUAGCCUAUUGCAUUUGUGCACACAGGCUAAAUAAAAUAUUGAAAGCGCUCUUAUUCAAGUGGUCGGGAAAGGGGCACGGUGAACCUAUGACAUUGCACAUAAGCUUAGACGGGCGCUGCAAAUGGGCGGCAUAGGUGGCAAUCUAUACCUCAGUAUGUUGAAUGGGACUGACACGCAAACUUUUGGAAAAGACACCGAUAUCAACAAUCAUCUUCAUCGUAACAAGGACUUACCCGAGUUUAAAAUGGGGAUUCAGGACACAAGAUUUUACUACCAAGAUUCGGUUCAAAACGGACAGGACACUUUGGCUCUGCCAUACCACUCCGACCAAACUGUCGCUGGUUUCGGAGCGCAAACCGGGAGGUUUUACUCACCAACUCCCCUCAAUAGCUGUCCCUUCAGCAGUGUGAGAUCGUCAUCUAGAUCUGGUACUGGACAGAGUUACAUACAGGCUGGAGCGGAGAAUUUUUCGGCGACAAGCAAAGAAGUUUACCCUGCCUCUCCGGAAAGUUACGCUGCCCCUUUUCAGCAUGGGUACCCUCGCGCACCGCUGUACCCUUUACCUGGUCUACAGGUGUGUGGGAAGACGCAGGCUCUCCUCAAUAACUAUCCACUAUGGGCGAAGUUCCACAAGUACCAGACCGAAAUGAUCAUCACGAAACAAGGACGGAGGAUGUUCCCCUUUCUGAGCUUCAACGUCAGUGCUCUAGAUCCGUCAGCCCAGUACAAUGUGUACGUGGAUGUGGUCCUGGCAGACCAACACCACUGGAGGUACCAGGGAGGCAAAUGGGUCCAGUGUGGUAAAGCGGAGGGGAACAUGCCAGGAAACAGGAUGUACAUGCACCCAGAUUCCCCCAACACAGGGGCCCAUUGGAUGAGGCAGGAGGUGUCGUUUGGCAAGCUCAAGCUCACCAACAACAAAGGCAGCUCCAACAACGUGGCACAGAUGAUAGUGCUACAGUCGCUCCAUAAAUACCAGCCCCGUCUGCACAUAGUGGAGGUGAAGGAGGAUGGCUCAGAGGACCCCUUCCUUACCGCCAAAGCCCAAACCUUUAUCUUCCCUGAGACACAGUUCAUCGCUGUCACAGCCUAUCAGAACGCAGACAUCACUCAGCUGAAAAUAGACCAUAACCCCUUUGCUAAAGGUUUCCGGGACAAUUAUGACACGCUGUACGCACCUCCAGACUCGGAGCGCUUCACCCCCUCCCCAGGCGAAGGCCAGCAGUGUCUGCCGGGGACCUGCUACUCUCAGGGGUAUCUCUCGGAGCAGUACGUGAGCUCCCUGCCCCAGAGCCGCCUGUACGGCCUGGACCACCACGUCAGCAUGGGCCAGCAGGCCAAGGACGCUUCGUCCAGCCCUCACAGCCGCUGGUACCUCUCCCCCCAGCAGACCAGCGCCACCCCCAGCCGCCUAGACUUCAACUCCUACGAGGGCGAUUUCUCCGGCAACGGCUUCUACAAGCCGUUCCCUCUGCAGACCUCUGCACACCAUGCCCUCGGCUACUACCCUGACCACCCCUUCUCAAGCAUGUCUGUCUCGGGGGCCACCACUGCAGGCUGGACCACUAGCCGACCCUCUCCCCAGUACCUGAACCACCCACAUCCCAGUAAACCUGGUCCCAGUCUAGGCUGGUUCAGGUCUGUCUCCUCCUCCUCUACCUCCCCAGGGAACCCCAGGCUCCACCCCCCGUCUCUCCUGGAGCAGCUCCGCCCAUCCCAGCUGCAGGACAAGCCCAAGGAGGUAGGGGUGGAGGACACAUGGAUGGAACCCCCCUCCGUCAAAUCGGUAGACUCAGCCGACUCAGGCUUGUUCGAGGGAGGGGCAGAGAGCAAGAAGAGACGGGUUUCACCCUACGCAUCCAGCACAGAGAACUCCCCGCCUGCUCGCAGUGUGGAGGUGUGUGAGAAGGACAGCAGCAGUGAUGCAGGCUACUACGGCUUCUACGCUCACUGAGAUUCUCACCCGCCCCGCCCAGAUCAAAUAUUCUUUCCUAGUGUCCUUUCCCACCCAAAUUGUGCCGUGGUAGUUCUCACCUGCCAACGUGUCUCAGACUGUCCAAUGAGGUCCCGAGUUUGUGCUGGACUGAAGCCCCAUUGGCUACAGCAAUCCAAUCUCUAAGACGGAGAGCCAGAAUAAGAUUGAACUUUGACACCAAUUUUCUUUUUUUUUCUUCCAAGCUAGAACAGGCCGGUUCUUCAGUUCUAAAGGAAGACUUGCCCACUUAAAUGGUGUUGGUUGAGUCUGUAAGACAGUUUGAAGGUCACAAGUUUGUGCAGGCCAGAUAGCCAAGGUGAUCAGACUGUCAGGAGAGACUGCCCUGGAGACUUGGCCCUGUGACUUAAGUCCUUUUAACACUUUGGAUUUAAAAAAACAAGUCUGCACACCUGCUUGCUGACAGACCCCUAAAGGGACUGUCCAAUCCCCUCCCCCCCGUCACACACUCCCACACACACCGCCUCGAACAUCCUGACGCACAUACACACAGACCCACUCACGCUGUUUCACCGGUGUAUAGGGUUGUCGAGGAUUCGAGAUGUGAUUACUGUAGCAGAGCUGACUAAUUGCUGUCUAAUCCGCCAUGUUUAAACUGAACUAGAGCUCCCCCUGGUGAGGGAUACAGAAAAACAAAUGCAGUGCAGGGGCAAAGAGUGUCUGGUGCCAGAGAUUAAGAAAGUUUAGCAGGACCAUGGUCACGAGAGCCGGUGUUAAUCCCUUCUCAAACACGGCUUCAUGCCCACGUCUUCCUCUACCAAGUCAUUGGCCAAAGCGAGAGGCAGGCAGGAAGGAUAUUGUCACUCCCACGCCCGGUUCAAGAAUAUAGGUUAAGCAGCCAGAAUGUCCCCUACCCCCAACCCCUCCCCCAGACGUGAGGUCCAUCAUGUGGCGACACAGGCACAGCUUCUUGUUGAGGUGACAGGUGAAGAACAAGCCAGUAGUCAGGGCUGGUCAGAGCCCCAACCCUCGCUGGGUGGUAAUGACCUCCGACAUCUCUGGGGGCUACCAUCCCUCAUUUAAAGGACUCUGCUGGUACUGGUGGUCACAAACGGUGGGUUUGUUGUGUCUCUCCGAUGAUGAGUGCAAGGCUACCUACUUGUCCAUGUGACACACGUGCAGCCAAGGGAAGGCAGGAUUAGACAGUAGUUACUAGACAGUCAACACUUUAUUGGCUACAUAUCCAGUGUUCUUUAACAAUGUGUGUAUGAAUUUAAGAGUACAGCCACAGGAUGGUUCUGAUGAGUCAUUAAGGAAGUAUGAGUCAGCUACGUGUUUCACGUCGAACACAUCUACUCCCUCUGAAGAGUGACCAAAACACUUUGGACAAAAAAUAACAUGAGCAAGUCUGUGUCUGCAGCUAGAGCUGCUUGCUAAGAUAUCAUAUGUUUCCACGGACACACUCAGAGCAAUCUUAUAGCAAUACAAUCCUCAAUAUGGGUGACAGUGGUCAAAUUACAACUAUAAUGUAAAAUGACAAUUGACAGUUUUAUAAUGUUUCUCACCACAAUUAGAUUAUGACUGGAACAGGUAAGUCAUUACUGGAGGGAUAAUUGUCCAAAAAUUCUAUUCUAUCCUUUUACAUUUUAUAUAUCGGAAAAUUGGUAGUUGCAGUUGACCUUUCAACUGAAAAAUGCAGUUGUAUAGAAACACCCUACCAGAAAACAACAAUGAUUUUUAUUUUUACCUAAUCAUGGUGUUUUUUAUUCUACUUUUAUGACAAAAUCUCAAUAGAAAUUGUAGCCUUCUUUGUUGGAUUUAGCAGCAAUAAAGGUGGCUUUUUUUAAAUGAGAGAUGGACACAGUGAUCACUGUUUUGCUGUCAAACGUUGGAGCAAUAGAUGUUAAUAAGCAAAAGGACCCUUGACUUGGUUAUGACCUGAUCAUAGUUCAGUAAGGCAUACAUGUGCGUAUACUGUAUUUUGCAAUUAUUUGCCUCAGUGUAUGUUUGGAGAAAAAAAAUGCUAUUUAAAGUAUAUGUUAAUAAUUUAGUAUGGAGCUGUUUAUCUUAAACUGAAGACUGAAUGGAGAUGUUGCAUUGAGGCCACAAAAAAGUAUUGUGAAAUAAUCAGAAUAUUGUAUUUUUACCAUUCAAAACAGCCAGAAAAGUAAAAUAAUGCUUUUAAAUGUAUCUUAAUAAGUAGACAGUUGUUUGUGAAGAGAUUUUUAAGUGCAAUUAAGGGAGUUUUGUAUUUUUAUUUCAUGAGAUGACAUUACAUAAGCAUUUGCAAAAACGUAAGCCUCUGAAAUAUUUUGAUGCUUAACGCUGUACACCUAACGUACAUGAGGGUUACGUGUGAGUCUGCCACUGACCCUGCGCUGAAGGGACUGUCUUGUGGAAGUGUUCCCCACGAGAGAAGCAGAUAGGAUGCCUGAGGCAGGCGCUCCCUAGUGGACAUCUCCCCAAAAUCAUUGAACGCACCUCAAACCAAAAAAUAACAAUGCAAGUCCAUGUGUGUCACACUCCAUAACCCACACUCAUUUUUUGAGGACGCAUAUAUGUGAAUAGUAAUCCCCGGAAUUCAAGUGUACAGCCAUCUUUUUUAGCAGUUAGUUGUGGUACAUCCACAGAAGUUCACGAUCAUGAUGAGAUGAAAGGGGGAGUUGGGUCUGAUUCGAUGGCAUUGGAUGACGAAGCAUGUUCAUUGAUGUUCUCUGUGCACUGUCUCUAGGCCCUACAAUCUGUGAAACACCCUGUUCCUGAAUAUUUUGGAAAGUGUCAAAUUAAUCAUGAAAUCAGUCAAAUCAGUCUUGAGUAGAGAGAAUGGUUUUAAACUGAGAUGAUUCAGAAAUGCUGUGGAGGUGCUAACUAUUGUAUGAAAUAUAUAUGUAUUUGAUUUAUUUUAAUGUAAUAAAGACUUGAAUAGCAAAAAAUGUUGAGGGAUAACAUUUAUUUAUUAAAGGUAUACUUGUGUAUUGUACUGUUGUUUUUUUAUUCAUGAAUUAAAGUUAAAUCAU